AUGGAAUCUAAAAAAAAUAUAGAAGUACUUACAAAAGAUCAACAGACUUCUCAUAUAUCAGAAAAUACAACAACGAAACGUUGUCGUAUUUGUAUGUCAUUUAAAGAUUGGAUGCAACAACAGGGUGCUACUUUGCCUAAUAAAUAUAAUGUUUCAUCUGAUAUAAAUGGGGCUAAAUGGGCUGAUUGUCCUCCAGAUUCAGAGGCUUUGGGUCGUGCAACAUGGACUCUACUUCAUACAAUCUCUGCAAAUUAUCCUGAGUCGGCAACUGCAGAAGAACAAUCUGAGAUGCGUAGUUUUUUAAUGAUUUUUGCAAAACGUUAUCCAUGUUUUUAUUGUGCUAAAGAUUUUCGUGAAUGGAUGCAUCAAGAUGAGAAUCGAGCAAUGGUAGGUGGCAGAGAAGAACUAUCAUUAUGGAUGUGCCAAGCACACAAUGAAGUGAACCGAAAACUAGGUAAACCAAUUUUUGAUUGUAGCAAAUGGAAAGAGCGGUGGUUAGAUGGAUGGAAGGAUGGUCGUUGUGGGUAG